UCUCGUUUUAAAUUUGAGUAAGUAGAUGUUUUGGUUAUCGAAUGUUAUUCGCUACAACUUCAACGACUGACAGACGUCAAGCCGUGUUGGCAGAGGAAGCUCUCAAUGAAUAACUGAGGAAGUACUUAUGGAAAACUAGCUGAAAAUCAGGUUUUAGCCAAGUGAGGACGUUACGACAAGAAAAAGAUCAACAAUGAUUUUUCUAAUGUUUUCCAAUAAAUUAAAGGAAUCUAGUAAAUAAUAAACUACCAUUGAUAACAAUACAAAUACAAUUUGUUUAAUGGGGUCAAUUAAACCGAUGGUCAAAUAAACAUGCAAUAAUAUUUGUUGUUAUGUAAACAGAUUUCGCCUUUGAAAAACCAAAGAAUUCAUAUUUCUCGGUAACAUUUUUCUUCAGCAUUUACAGAUACUAAUGGCCACAUGAAUUGUGAACGAUUUAUGGUAUGGAUCAUACGAACUGAGGUCUGACUUGUGAUAUUUGGCAGUUAUUUGAAAAGAUUGAAGAUAGCUAUCUAGAUCCUAUCAACAGCUGCCAAGCAAUACAUAUCAGACAGACAUCAGAGUGGUUGAUUCUUAUCCUAAAAUGUGCAUAUCAUUCUGGCGGCCGUUAGUGCUCGUAAAUGCUGGAUAUAAAUGUUACCGGGAAAUAUAAAUUGUAUUGAUUUUCAAAAGCGAAAACUGUUUACAAAUAACAACAAAUAUUAUUGUAUUUUUUUUUGUAACAACGAUUCAUUUGACGCCAUUCAAUUAAUUGUAUUUGUAUUGUAAGAACAAUGAAAAAACAUUAAGAUAUAUUGUUUUCUUUUGAAAAUUGCCCUAAAAUGUCUCAUAAAAACACAAUACAUUCUAUUGUUUUUCGCGAAAAAGUGUAUGAAAGUUUUCUCAAAAUUUUAUGGUUAAGAUACAUAACGACCACCAUUUUUUAUUGUAAAAGUGCCAUUUACCAUUCGCCGAAUGGUAUAGAACAACAGGGAUGAUGGUGAGUGUGCAGUGUAAAUUACAAUACGUUUAAUGGUGAAUAUUUUUCGAAAAAAUGGUAUUGUAACAAUAAACUUUAUCGUAUUUUUAAGAUAUUUUUUAUCAGGGUGAAGACGUUGUCCGUGAAAUACGUGAAAAAUCUACGUAGAAUUUUCGGAAGAAUUUUCGUUACAAUUUAGAAAAUACCAAAGGAAUUUCAGAAAAAAAAAUACUUGAAUAAUUCCAGAAAAAAAUAUCAAAUUAUUUCCUACAGGAAUUGCCGGAUGAAUUUCUAAAGAAAUUGUUUGAGAAAUUGCGUUCUUUAAGGGUAUUCAGAUUGUUGCGUCAUCAUACUGCAUGGUAAAACGGAACACAGAAUCCACCCAUAAAAGCAAAUAAAGUUAUCAAUAGCGUGCUUUUCAAUGCCUAUAGAGUUACUGAAAAAAAAUCGAUAUUUAUCAACUUGUUGCAUAAAUGACUAUUAGAAAAAGGCAUUUCACUCCUGUACACUGUUUGAGUUCCAUUUUGGCCCCAUAUUACCUGUACAGAAUUUCUGCUCGAUUGGAGAAACUAUAUUUUAGCGCCAACCGUUUUCAGUUUUUAUACGAUUUACUAUUGGGAAAACCAACUUUUCAAAGAAGAAUCGCCACAGGUUGCCCCUUAGCCCCUAAAAAUAAAUCGAUUAAUGAUUUCUGUUAGAAACUUUACGAAGAACCAACCCUCCGAAGACCGCAAAGCGAUCUGAGGCCUAAUAACUUUUUCCACGAACGUCGCAUCGCUUUGUGGUCUUCAGAGGUCUGAUUCCUCGUGAAGUUUUCUACAGAAAUCAUUCAUCGACUUAUUUUUAGGGAUCAAAGAGUUUCCCCAAGCGAUUUUUCUUCAAAGAAGUAAAUUUCCCCCAUAGUAAAUUGUAUUAAAAACUAAGAAUGGCGGGUGCUAAAAUAUAGUUUUUCCGAUCGAUCCGAAACUGUGCACAGUUGAUAUGGGACCAAAAUGGAAAGUAUACAGGAGUUAGAGUUUUUUUCUUUUUUUUAUGUUUUCCCAUAUAAACCGUGUCUCCGGCUAAUGACUAUAUCAAUAGUAAAGUAAAUUUUUAUUUUUUCAAUUGGGUAUUUUUCCAGUUAUUUAAGUUUCAUUUUCUCUUCAUCGAUCUUAUGGAGCUGAUUUUUACAAUGGUCAAAAACCGUUAUUCACUCUCGUGGCCAGAUUUGUGCAAUAUCAACUAUUCGCCAUACAUUGUCACAUUAAACCCUCGUGAAAACUAAACGCGUCAGCGAAAGUUUCAUGACAACCAGCUAUAAAUUUUGCUCUGAAGACGAACAAUCAAAGCUUUGAGUUGAUCAAACAUGCCUGCUUUCGUCGACAAGAAACGUUACGUGACAUGAACAAAAUGCAAACACAUAAUCGAAUCUGAACCAGUCCUCUCCCUCUUCCAGGGUUUAUUUAGUGAGUGAUUAGCGAGCAAACUUUUCAAAAAGUGAAACCGUGAAACAAUGACAAGUGCAAUAAUAUGGAUGGGAGCAAUUCGAGCAAGGAAUACAGGGGCUAAAAUGCUGCCAUAAAUCAUCAGUGUUCUUGUAUACCGUUGAGAGCCACAACGCGUGCGAAAGAAGAAAAUGGGAGAUUUUGGUUCCGACAGUGAGGAUAGCGAUGGAGAAGGAGGACUUGGUAAUGUCAGCCGAGUUAUCAUUCGGCCUCCAGGCCACAGCGGCAAAGCAAAACGAGGCCAUCUCUGCUUCGACGCAGCCUUUGAAACAGGUAACCUCGGCCGAGUGGACCUGGUUGGAGAAUUUGAGUACGACCUGUUUCUCCGUCCCGAUACGUGCAAUCCACGGUAUCGGUUUUGGUUCAACUUCACCGUAGACAACGUCAAACAAGAUCAACGGGUGAUUUUCAACAUCGUUAACAUCAACAAGAAUAGGAACCUUUUCAAGGAUGGCAUGACCCCCUUGGUCAAGUCCAGCAGCCGUCCCAAAUGGCAACGGAUACCACGGUGCGAAGUGUUCUACUACAAGUCGGUUAUCCACCAGAACCACUACGUAUUGAGUUUUGCAUUUGGGUUCGACAAGGAAGACGAGGUAUACCAGUUCGCGUUGACGUUCCCGUACUCGUACUCCAAGCUGCAGGCGUACCUGAACGCGUUGGAAUCCAAGUUUCCGGAAUCGUUCGAACGGACUACGCUGGGGAUGACUGUGCAAAACCGAAAACUUGAGCUGAUCACAUUUGACGACGUCAAGAAGCCGGAUAAGGUCGAUCAGAAGAACAUAAUCCACAUGGUGGUGGUUUUUGCGAGGAUACAUCCCGGUGAAUCGCCUGCUUCGUACGUUGUACAGGGACUAAUCGAAUACCUGGCGGCAGCCAAUCAGCCCAUAUCGAAGGCACUGCGCGAAAAUGUUGUGUUCAAAAUCAUACCGAUGCUCAAUCCGGAUGGGGUGUUCCUGGGCAACAACCGUUGCAACGUGAUCGGGCACGACCUGAACAGGUCGUGGAACAAGAUGUCCCAGUACACCCAUCCGACGCUGGCCGCGGCCAUGAAGAUGCUGAAGGAGUACGACAACUCGAGUUGUUACCAGGUGGACUUUGUGAUAGACAUCCACGCCCAUUCGAGUUUGACGGGGACCUUCAUCUACGGUAGCACCUACGACAAUGUAUACCGAUACGAGCGGCAUCUAGUGUUUCCGAAAUUGUUCGCGUCGAAGUGCGAAGACUUCUGCCAGGAACAUAUGAUGUUCAACGCGGACGAUCGGAAGUCGGGAACUGCCCGAAGGUAUUUCGUCGAGGCGCUUAGUGACAAUGUCAAUACCUAUACGCUGGAGGUGUCCAUGUGCGGAUACUACUUGAACGAUACCAAUGUGUUGACGCAGUAUACCGAAGAUGGAUACAUGCGAAUAGGUCGCAAUUUGGCGCGAACUUUCCUAGAGUACUAUCGCUUUACAAACAUCCUGCCAAUUCCGCCGGUGGACGAGUUGCGACCUCGUAAAGGCCGACCACGGACGCAUCGCCCACGGGCACGAUCCCGCACCCGAAGUGAGGUUCGUCUACGCCCGAAAACCGUCCGCACUUACGCUCCCAUAAGCUAUACGGAUCUAUCGAUCUGCUACGAUACCGACACCUCGAACGAAGGCUCGCCCAUCCGGUACAUGUACUCCAACUACGGAGGCUUCCGGAUGCGCGCACUCGGACCUCCGGAUCAGUAUUCGCUGUCCAAUAUUCAGACGGCUCGGUUCAGCAAUCUGGACUUUAGCAGUGACUACCGGUUCAAGGUGACGCCCAAGCCCAAAACGGCUCCGGAGCACAAGAUGCCCCCAAUCGAGAUAUUGACCGUUCCGCCAAAGCCCUGCCUUACCAUUAUAGACUUUAAUCAGCUCACGCGCGGUGGCCUGGAUGAAGCCACUUCCGGACGAAAGCUUGAUAGGGAAAAGGAGAAAAUUCGUCGCCACACGUUCAAGAGCAGUUCAAGAAAGGCGUAG